AUGGGUUCUGUUUCUUUGAAAAUCGGUGAUGGAACAGCAAGAUUCAAAACACCAACAAUCUGUUCUUCAGCACUCAACAUUCUCAUGAUCUUGUCUGUCAUCACCACCAAUCUCUUCGCUCUUUACGCUUUCACUUCUUCACCAAAUCUCAACCAAACCGAACAACAACUUCAUCAACCACACAAAAGAUUCUCUCUCAUCUCAGAGCAAGUUUCGUUAAUCCUCAGAGAAAUCGACAAAUCUCAAAAGAAACUAUCCCAGAUAGAAAAACAGCUUCUUGGAUACGAAAGUUUCGAUCUUUCAAAGCCCAACAUUGCAACAGAACUCAAACUGUUCUUAACUUCUCAUAAACUCCCUCUGGGUCGAGACUCCAAAACCGGACUCACUGAAAUGGUUUCAUCGGUUGGUCAUUCAUGCCAGAAAGCUUCUGAUUUGUUGUCUCGUUACAUGAAUUACAAUGUGUUUGGAAAUUGUCAAGAUGAUUGGAGUUUAGCAGAGAAACUGAUUCAAAAACAGUGUGAGCCUUUACCUAGAAGAAGAUGUUUCGCACAAUCAGUUUCAUCUAAGGUAAAAUUUCUUCAUCCUUUUCCGGUUUCACUAUGGAAGCCUGUUAGUAAUAAAACAGUGAACUGGAAUGGUUUUAACUGCAAGAGUUUCGAGUGUUUGAAUGGUAGGAAACUGAAUAGAGAUUGUGUUCAUUGCUUUGAUUUGGUUAAUGGAUAUGAGAAUCAAAGAUUUGUUAAGUCUAAGAGUAAGAAUGAUUUUCUUGUUGAUGAUGUUUUGCAAUUAGGAAAUGGUGGGAUUAGAAUAGGUUUUGAUAUUGGAAUUGGUUCGGGGUCUUUUGCGGCGGUUAUGGCUGAGAGGAAUGUUACUGUGAUUACUAGUACUCUUAAUGUUAAUGGUCCUUUCAAUGAGUUUAUCGCGGCAAGAGGACUUUUUCCGGUUUACUUGAGUUUGGAUCAUAGGUUUCCGUUUUAUGACAAUGUGUUUGAUUUGAUUCGUGCUUCAACCAACAUUGGUGAUGUUGGGGAGAAACAAGACAAGUUUGAGUUUUUGAUGUUUGAUAUUGAUAGGAUUUUGAGGGCUGGUGGUUUGUUUUGGGUUGAUAAUUUUUAUUGUGGGAGUGAAGAGAAGAAAGUUGGAUUGACUAGGUUGAUUGAGAGGUUUGGAUAUAAGAAAUUGAAAUGGGUUGUGGGGGAGAAGGUUGAGAGUGGCGAGGCUCAUGUUUUUUUAUCUGCUGUUCUUCAGAAGCCUGUUAGAGUGUGA